AUGUCCACUCAUUUGCCAAGUUUAUUGAGUGUGAAAUAUCAACUGAACGAGAACAUUCGUACAACGAAGCUCAUGUUCACAACAAUUAUCGCUACUAUUGCAACGAUCCUUUACAAUGUACCGGUAACCCUGUACCAUGGCGUGGAUGUCAAACCCGACGGACUAAUUAGCAAUGCCACCUUGCAGCGUGUUAUCGCAUACGCUCCGUGGGAAGCAACAAUUGUUUGUCCAUUUUUAUUAUACUCAUUUUUUAGACAUCUACCUGAAUGUACUGGCAAUCGUGUGAGUAUGACAGAAAUAAUUCUAUUGCAUAACUGUGAGGACUAA